GAACUGUCAAGAUUGAAUUUUUUUUCCAAAUUUUUUAUUGAAUUUUUAUUGAAUUUUUUUUCCAAAUUUUUUAAAAUAUCCUAUUAAGAUAUCCUGUAAAAAGUAUUUUACUUGUAUAGUAUUUAUUUAUUUAUUCUUGGGUUUUUUUUUCUAUCAUCAACAAUAACAAAAGCGAUGGCGGGCGAAACUGAUUGUGAAGAACCUAAAAGCUCAACAGCCUUGACUCCUGCUCAGAUUCAACGUAUGAAAAAUAAUCGUGAGAAAGCUUUACAGUUACGUAAAGCACGAAUUGCUAAUAUAGCUAAUGCUGAAAAGACAGUUUGUCAAAAGGAAGUGAAUGCUAUAUCCCGACCUCGAGAUACUGGGGCUGGUUUUUUUGCUGAAGAGGAUGAUACGGAUUUAUUGGCUGCUGAAGAGAGACCUAUUGUGAGUACUCCUGCUCCACUGUUUUCUGGGGACAGACCUAUAUGUAUUGAAUGCAAAGAGGAAUUUAAUGAUAGUUAUCUUCAAACACAUUUUGAUUUUCAAGUGUGUGAUGGUUGCAGAGAUAAUGAUGGUGCUCAUGCUCUUAUCAGCCGAACAGAUGCAAAGAAAGAAUAUCUUUUGAAAGACUGUGAUUUUGAUAAACGAGAACCUCCUUUAAAGUUUGUGCUCAGAAAAAAUCCACAUAAUAUGCAUGGAAGUAUGAAACUGUAUCUGAGAUUACAGGUUGAAAAUCGAGCAUUAGAGAUUUUUGGCACGGAAGAGACAAUAGAGGAAAUGAAAGAACAGAGAGAAGAAGCACAACUGAAAAGAAAGAAAAAAGCAUUUGAUAAGAAAAUCAAAGCACUAAAAAUGGAAGUUCGAAGUAGUUUGUAUAGAAAAAAAGACAGUACUCAUACACACGUAUUUGGCCCCGAAACAUAUGAUGAAAGCAAUGAUAUAUAUGUAAAAACUUGUACCACUUGUGGUCAUAAGGUAGAGUUUGAAAAAAUGUAAAUAUGCCAUUUGCAAUGGUUAUAAUGUUGAAAGCACAAUAUGAACUUAUGUAUCUUAUAGUCAAGAUGAAGUUAUUGUAAAUACCUCUUUUUUAUAAUGCAUUGUAUUAAUACAAAGUGUGAUUUAUACUAUUCAAAAGUUUUUAUUGAAAUCUCUUUUAUUUUAAUCUGUUUGUAAAAAUUCCAAAUUUUAUGAUUUUGUAUUAAAUAUUUUGAAAUUUGUAUUUAA